AUGUUGCCUUCUACAAGAUCCGCUCUUAGCCAGGUGCCUCGGCAGUUUCGCAAUGGUGGAAUUUCAGUUCGAGCUGCUUCAGCAUGGGCUCAAGUCCCACAAGGACCUCCAGCCAUUCUCGGUAUUACUGAGGCUUUUAAAGCAGAUAGCCACCCUAAGAAGAUCAAUCUAGGUGUUGGCGCAUACCGUGAUGAUAAAGGCAAGCCCUAUGUUCUUCCUUCCGUUCGCUCUGCAGAGAAGAAACUCGUCGAGUCAGAGCUUGACAAAGAAUAUGCUGGCAUUACCGGUGUACCGACUUUCACCAAGGCUGCAGCUGUUCUUGCGUACGGUGAAGACUCUGCGCCCAUAAAAGAAGAUAGGCUCGUGAUCACACAGUCGAUCUCUGGCACGGGAGCAUUAAGAAUCGGAGGUGCAUUCCUCGAAAGAUUCUACCCCGGCUCUAAGACGAUUUACAUCCCCAACCCAAGUUGGGCAAAUCACAAUGCUGUUUUCAAAGAUUCUGGCCUGACCGUUGAGAAAUUCCGCUACUACAACAAGGACACCAUUGGACUAGAUCUCGAGGGCAUGGUCGCGGACAUCAAAGCUAUGCCAAAGGGAAGUAUCGUCAUGCUUCAUGCAUGUGCGCACAAUCCCACUGGGGUCGACCCGACCCAGCAGCAAUGGGCUCAAAUUUGCGAUGCUGUGAAGGAAGGCGGCCAUUAUCCUUUCUUCGAUAUGGCCUACCAAGGCUUUGCUAGUGGUGACGCCGGUAAGGAUGCUUUCGCUCUUCGACACUUCAUCAAGGAGGGUCUCCGACCUUGCCUUGCUCAAAGUUUUGCCAAAAACAUGGGGCUCUACGGCGAGCGUGUCGGUGCCUUUUCCAUAGUUUGCGAGUCUGUAGAGGAGAGAAAGAGAGUGGACUCGCAACUCAAGAUUCUUGUUCGCCCUCUCUACUCCAACCCACCUGUCCAUGGAGCUCGCAUCGCAUCGGCGAUUCUUAAUGACCCUACCUUGAAAAAGCAAUGGUUUGGUGAGGUCAAGGGUAUGGCUGACCGCAUAAUCAAAAUGCGUGCUCUGCUCAAGGAGAACUUGGAGAAGCUGGGUAGCAAGCAUGAUUGGAGUCACAUCACGUCCCAGAUUGGCAUGUUUGCGUACACUGGCCUCAAGCCUGAGCAAAUGGAUAAGCUCGCUAAGGAGCACUCUGUGUAUGCGACCAAGGAUGGCCGCAUUUCAGUCGCCGGAAUAACGUCCGAAAAUGUUCAGCGCCUGGCCGAAUCUAUACACGCCGUUACUGGUUAG